ACUUCCUUCUCUGGGGGCCCGGAGAAAACCACAGGGCGCCGGGCCAGGGCAGGCCGCCCCCGGGGGAGCCAGCAGGAUGGCUGAGGGCCGGGCGGGCGGCGCUGCUGGCCUCUUCGCGAAGCAGGUGCAGAAGAAGUUCAGCAGGGCCCAAGAGAAGGUACUGCAGAAGUUGGGGAAAACUGUGGAGACCAAAGAUGAACGGUUUGAACAAAGUGCCAGUAACUUCCACCAACAACAGGCAGAAGGUCAUAAGCUAUACAAGGACCUGAAGAACUUCCUCAGUGCAGUCAAAGUGAUGCAUGAAAGUUCAAAGAGAGUGUCAGAAACCCUGCAGGAGAUCUACAGCAGCAAGUGGGAUGGUCACGAGGAGCUGAAGGCCAUUGUGGCGAAUAAUGAUCUCCUUUGGGAAGACUAUGAAGAGAAACUAGCUGACCAGGCUUUGAGGACCAUGGAAAACUAUGUGGCCCAGUUCAGUGAGAUUAAGGAAAGAAUUGCCAAGCGGGGCCGGAAGCUCGUGGACUAUGACAGUGCGCGACAUCACCUGGAGGCGGUACAGAAUGCCAAGAAGAAAGAUGAGGCCAAGACAGCCAAGGCAGAGGAAGAGUUCAACAAAGCCCAGGUUGUGUUUGAAGAUCUGAACCAGGAACUACUAGAGGAGCUGCCUGUCCUUUAUAACAGUCGUAUUGGCUGUUAUGUGACCAUCUUCCAAAACAUUUCCAACCUGAGGGAUGUCUUCUACAGGGAAAUGAGCAAGCUGAACCACAAUCUCUACGAGGUGAUGAGCAAACUGGAGAAGCAACAUUCCGACAAAGUCUUUGUGGUGAAGGGACUCUCAAGCAGCAACAGACGCUCUUUAGUCAUCUCUCCCCCAGUUCGAACAUCUACAGUCUCCAGCCCUCUAACCUCACCUACCAGUCCUUCUGCACUUUCCUUGAAGAGUGAGAAGGACUCCAGCUCAGCAAGUGAAGAAGAGCUGGCAUCUGAUUCAGCCCAGGGAGAAGACAACUCCGAAAUUAAAGAAGAGCCCAUAAAAGACAAGGAAACAGAGGAGGAGGCGGAGACAAGCUCCUCUGAGGAAGAAGAGCCUCUGCUAGCCUGCAAUGGCCCCACCCAGUCCCAGCCCUCACCCCUCACUGAGGAUAGAGAGUCCCAGGAGGAAGUUUUCCUUUGCUCCCCAGCUCCACCACCAGACAGAGCUCUGACCCCUUCAGAGCAGGCUUCAUCUUCCUCAGCAGUAGUCCUCCGAACUCGUACCUCAAGCGAAGGAUCUGAAGAGCCAAAGAAGAGAGUCUCUGUGCAGAGGGCUUCAGCACCACCUAAUAGGCCUCCACCACCCAGAGCCACUCCCAGUCCCAGGGCCUCCUUAGGGAACACGCCCUCCAGCCCUCCAGCCUCACCCACCAGCCCUCGGGCCUCCUCAGAGGCCUCUCCUGACCCACAGCCACCAGAGAAGCCGGGAAGAGCAAAGGAAAACACCGACAGUCUGAACCCAGAAGAGCUCUGCACGUCCCCUACUUUGAUGAUGUCUCAGAACCAAAGUCUUCAGCCUCAUGGCUCUGCAGUUCCAGAAGAGAGCAAUGUCAUAGCACCUGAGCCUGAAGAAGAGGUGUCUACUAUUCAAAAUGCGCAACUCUGAAGAGGAACUGCCAGGACUUCCCCAUAUACACCUCCCCAGAGAAACUCCUCAGCUAGAGGAUGUAGGUCAUAGGGACUGAUGAUCCAACAUUCAUUUCUGGUUUCUCAAACUGUGAAUCCUGGCUGUCUCUAAAGACCUAGCAUUAAUGGAGGCUGAGGAGCAGACUUAAGGGAGGGAGGGAAGCAGGCUUGGGAGAAAAGACUAUUGGACUUGGAAUAUUUAAUUCAGGUUUUAGCGUUGUUAGAGUAAUAAGACCUUAUAUACUAAUUAAGUGGGGCUAAAAUGAUAGACUACAAAAAGCAAAAGCAUCUGUAGACAUAGACAUCUGUCCUCAUACAGACAUAUAACCACAUAUACUCAGAGACUUAUGCACAGAUCUUUGAUUUACCACUCAUUUUGCAGGACUUAAAACCAAAAGAACAGAUUUUCAGAUUGUUAAAUAAAGUAUUAUUCUGAUGUGUA